CAAAGCACUAUUAUAUUUUUUGUUCGGAAACAACAAUAGUUUCCCUUAUCCAGAGUGUUUCAGGCCUCCCAGCACCAUCCUCCCUUCAAUUGCUCCCAGCAAGCUCAGCUUCUACCGCAAUGUUUUGAUGUAAUUGGGAUUUUCUGUUAUUCAGCAUCUGGGAUUUACAUGUGUUGAAACACCCUGAGGUGGGAAGAAUGAGCCGUGUGGAGGGUCUGAGGGCUGACUCCUCUCAGUUCACUCUUGAGGGAGAGCCCUUCUGCAUCCUGGGGGGCUCCAUCCAUUACUUCCGUGUCCCCAGAGCCCACUGGGAAGACCGGCUGCUGAGGAUGAAAGCCUGUGGCCUCAAUACUCUGACAACAUACGUGCCAUGGAAUCUGCACGAGCCUGAGAGAGGAACAUUUAACUUUCAGGAUCAGUUGGACAUCAAGGCUUUUAUCAAUCUAGCUGCAGAGACGGGUCUGUGGGUGAUCCUGCGUCCUGGACCUUACAUCUGCGCUGAAUGGGAUUUGGGCGGGUUGCCUAGCUGGUUGUUACAAGAUAAAGACAUUCAGUUGAGGACCACUUAUCCUGGCUUUGUAAAUGCUGUUAACCUCUACUUUGACAAGCUUGUCGCUGUAAUCAAGCCUCUCAUGUUUAAAGAGGGAGGCCCAAUCAUUGCAGUUCAAGUUGAGAACGAGUAUGGAUCAUAUGCCAAAGAUGAGAGUUACAUGCCAUUUGUACGGAACUGUCUCCAGACCAGAGGAAUCAAGGAGCUCCUGUUGACAUCAGACAACUGGGAGGGCCUGAGUUAUGGAGGGAUGGAGGGAGUUCUAAAAACAAUAAACCUUCAGAGAUUAUCAUUCGGAGCUAUUCAGCACCUGGCUCAAAUGCAGCCUCAGAAACCUCUAAUGGUGAUGGAGUAUUGGUCCGGCUGGUUUGACAUCUGGGGAGAACAUCACCAUGUGUUCCAUGCUGAAGAUAUGCUUGCUGUUGUGUCAGAGAUUCUUGAGAGAGGUGUCUCCAUUAAUCUGUACAUGUUUCAUGGGGGAACCAGCUUUGGCUUCAUGAAUGGAGCGAUGGACCUAGGCACCUAUAAACCUCAGAUCACCAGUUAUGAUUAUGACGCUCCGCUAUCUGAGGCUGGAGAUUGCACGCCAAAAUAUCAACUCUUGAGGACUUUAUUUAGCCAGUACCACUCUAAGCCUCUUCCUGAAGUGCCCUCUCCUUGUGAGAGGAGAGUCUACGACCCUGUUACCAUCCAGCAGCACCUGUCACUGUGGGACAGCCUGCACUUCACUGACAAGCCUUUCAGGUCAGAGAGGCCGGUGAACAUGGAGAAUCUCCCUGUCAACAAUAACAAUGGUCAGUCAUAUGGUUACACACUGUAUGAAACCACAAUCACCACUGGAGGAACCCUCAACUCAAAGAACAAAAUCAGAGAUAGAGCACUCGUUUUUGUGGACAGAAAAUGUAUUGGUACUUUGGACUACAAGACUCAUGAGCUGCCACUCCCUGAUGGAAAGGGAGAGAUGACCUUGAGCAUACUUGUGGAGAACUGUGGCAGAGUGAAUUAUGGGAAAGCUCUGGAUGAACAGCGCAAAGGUAUUGUUGGAGACAUUCUGUUGAACCACACCCCUCUGAGAGGAUUUAUCAUCUUCUGUCUAGACAUGAAGCCAUGUUUCAUAAAAAGACUGAUGAGUUCAGAUCAGUGGAAGUCUGAUGUCAAGUCACCCUCCAUCCCAGGGUUUUUCCAGGCCAGACUAUAUGUGGAAGGUCCUCCAAAAGACACCUUCAUCAAACUCCCUGGUUGGGGUAAAGGAGCUGUGUUUGUCAAUGGGCAAAACCUUGGACGCCAUUGGUUCAUUGGACCCCAGCAUUUCCUUUAUCUCCCUGGACCUUGGCUCAGAAGUGGAGAGAAUCAGAUUAUUGUUUUCGAAGAACAAAAAGCAGAUGACAAAAUCAUUUUUGCUGAAAAUUCUGAUCAUGGAAAGACAAUUGAUGUUUACAAACUCCCCUUCUGCACACUGCUGUAAACAUAAUGUACAGCAAAACAACACAUAAGGGGACAGUUUAUUGAUCAUUGUCAUAAUUAAAAGCUAUUACUUUACUAACCAUAAUGCUUUCAGUUACUAUUGUACACCAGUAGCUGAUGGUCAUGUGUUAUCUUCAUAUAUUUAGUGAACUGUUUCAUUGACUCUGUGUCCUUAAAUUCAACAA